AUGGCGGAUAUCAUGUCAAGAAAACCAUACCUUUUCGAUCUGCGCGCAUCCAAGCAACUGAUCGGCAUUGCUGUCUUUUCGACCACGUUUACAGAUGAAUUUCUUUACGGAAUUAUCGUAUCCGUGCUUCCUUUCUCACUGACAGUCCGAUCCGGAGUGCCAGAGGCUGAUGUCCCAUUCUGGACAUCCACCGCUUUGGCCGUCUUCGGUCUCGCAAUGGUACUUGGUGCCCCAAUAGCAGGCUGGGUUGUUGGGAAAUACGAAAGACGCCAGAUACCAUUCUUGGGAGGCCUCUCUUGUGCAUUUGGUGCCACUCUCUCGUUCAUGCUUGGAUUCAAGCCAUGGGUGAUCAUUGUGGCAAGGAUUUUACAGGGUCUAUCGGCGGGAAUUGUCUACACUGCCGGCUUAACGCUGUUGGUAGACACGAUCGAGUCGCACGAGCUGGGGCCCUGGAUUGGCUUCGGACUCUCGGGUAUGAAUUUUGGGGUGCCCGUAUCACCCACUCUCGGAGGAUUUACAUAUGAGAAAGCAGGGUUCUAUCCUGUCUUUAUCAUGAGUCUUGGCGUGGUUCUAGUUAACUUAUUUCUCAUUUUGCUCAUGAUAGACAGAAAGACCGCUGCAAAGCAUAGAGGGCAAAAAGAUCCAACCAAGUGUUCUUGUCUUCCGAAUGGGAACCCGACAAAAAUUGCCAUUACAAAUGGAAAACGUCGAUUGUCAACUGUUGAAGACGCCGAUCCAACUACCUCAACACCGCUCCUCUCACGCUGCCACGAGACUUCUCCAGUUGUAAAAUUCCCUUCUUGGUGGACUGUUGUCGGAGGCUUUAUUCUAAAUCCUCGCAUACGUGCUGCUUUGUAUGGAUGUCUAAUUAACACGAUCUUGGUAAGCGCCAUGGAUACGGUCCUUCCGAUCUUUAUCAGGCAGACUUUUCACUGGCUUUCUGGUGCAACGGGUGCCAUCUCUUUAAACUUGACCAUUCCAUCAUUGAUAGGUCCAUUCGUUGGAAUGACCUCAGACAAAUAUGGCGUUCGAAUGAUCUCCAGCAUCGGGUUUACGUUGGCAGCUGUAGCAGUCGCUCUCCUCACUCUGACGCUACAUGACGACACUAAAAGCAAGGUAAUGACCUGCGCACUAUUAUAUUUUGUUGGGAUAGGGCUCAAUACAUCACUGACCCCAUUGGUUGCGGAAAUCCCUCGCAUUGUGAACAUCGCUCAAGAGGAACAGCCUGAUAUAUAUAGCGAUAAAAGUGCAGUCACUGAGGCUUAUAUGCUCCUUGAUGCGGUAUUUGGCGCUGGCACUGUGCUCGGCCCAUUGCUUUCAGAUAUUGCGCUCGAGAAAUUGGGAUGGACUGGAUGCACCACCAUGCUGGGUUUUUUGAGUUUGUCAGCCAUCGUUCCAGUGUGGAAGUAUGUUGUUCAAGACAUGUUUAGAAAUGCCGCUGAUCUCGGAAAGAUGGUUCAUUUGGACCCAAACCACAAAGGCCGGUAG